AUGCGUGGAUCUCCCCGACAUGGGACAGCCGUGGGAUUUAUAGUGCUGCUGAACGCGCUGCUGCUUGCGACACAGGCUGCAGAAGGAGCAUUCACGGACCAUCUUCUGGUUCAAUUGCACGAGGACGCGCAGGAUGAGGCGCACCAACUUGCAACACAACAUGGGUUCCAGAGUGCCCGAAAGCUUUCCUUUGGAGAGGGACUCUUUCACUUCUAUCCUCAGGACACUUCAAAGAGGCGGAGCAAACGCAGUGCCCACAGCAGACAGCGGCUCCAAAAAGACCGCAGGGUGAAGAACGUCUUUGAGCAAGAGGGUUUUAGUCGUCAAAAGCGAGGCUACAGAGAUAUCAAUGAUAUUGAAGUCAACAUGAGUGACCCUCUAUUCACAAAACAGUGGUAUCUGGUAAACACAGGCCAGGCAGACGGGACCCCUGGGCUGGAUCUUAAUGUGGCUGAAGCUUGGCAACUGGGCUACACGGGCAAAGGAGUUACCAUCGCAAUCAUGGACGACGGCAUCGACUAUCUACAUCCAGACCUGGCAUCAAAUUAUAAUGCCGAUGCCAGCUACGACUUCAGCAGCAACGACCCGUUCCCAUUUCCACGCUACACAGACGACUGGUUCAACAGUCACGGCACCCGAUGUGCUGGAGAGGUGUCGGCAGCAGCCAACAACAACAUCUGCGGCGUGGGAGUCGCCUACAACUCCAAAGUGGCAGGUAUCAGGAUGUUGGACCAGCCCUUUAUGACUGACAUUAUUGAGGCAUCAUCCAUCAGCCACAUGCCCCAAGUCAUCGACAUCUACAGCGCCAGCUGGGGACCAACAGAUGACGGAAAGACGGUGGAUGGACCUCGAGAGCUCACGCUGCAGGCUAUGGCUGACGGCGUCAACAAGGGGCGCGGAGGAAAAGGCAGCAUCUACGUGUGGGCAUCAGGAGAUGGCGGUAGCUAUGACGACUGCAACUGCGACGGUUAUGCCUCGAGCAUGUGGACGAUCUCCAUUAACUCAGCCAUCAAUGAUGGACGCACCGCCCUGUACGACGAGAGCUGCUCCUCCACCCUGGCAUCCACGUUCAGCAACGGCCGCAAGAGGAACCCAGAGGCUGGCGUUGCCACCACAGACUUGUAUGGGAACUGCACACUGCGUCACUCUGGAACAUCAGCAGCAGCUCCAGAGGCAGCUGGUGUCUUUGCUCUGGCAAUUGAGGCUAACCCUGACCUGACAUGGAGAGACAUGCAGCACCUGUCGGUCCUGACCUCCAAGAGGAACCAGCUCCAUGACGAGGUUCACCAGUGGAGGAGAAAUGGCGUGGGCCUCGAGUUCAACCACCUGUUUGGCUACGGUGUGCUGGACGCUGGGGGCAUGGUGAAAAUGGCCAAGGACUGGAAAACUGUGCCUGAGCGUUUCCACUGUGUCGCCGGAUCCAUUCAGGAGGCCCAUAAAAUCCAGUCGGGCAACAAAGUGGUGCUGACCAUCACCACCGAAGGCUGUCAGGGGAAGGACAACUUUGUCCGCUACCUGGAGCACGUUCAGGCGGUGAUCACUGUCAACUCCAGCCGCCGCGGCGACCUCAACAUCAACAUGACCUCGCCCAUGGGCACAAAGUCCAUCCUGCUGAGCAGAAGGCCCCGUGACGACGACUCCAAGGUGGGAUUCGACAAGUGGCCCUAUAUGACCAGCCACACCUGGGGAGAGGACCCCCGCGGGACCUGGGUCCUGGAGGUGGGCUUUCAGGGGGAGGAGCCACAGCGCGGAGCCCUGAAGGAGUGGACUCUCAUGCUGCAUGGAACACAAAGUGCCCCUUAUAUAGACCAGAUAGUACGUGAUUAUCAGUCCAAACUCGCCAUGUCCAAAAAGGAGGAGCUGGAGGAGGAGCUGGAUGAGGCUGUAGAGAGAAGCCUAAAGAGCUUGCUGAGGAAAAACAACUAAAGUUCGCAUUUGCAUGUUGCCAAGCCUUUCACUUUCUUUCAUCUUUCUCCCAUCGAUCCUGCUCCAACCUUCACUAAAUAUCCUCAGUUCUUCGCACUCUCUCGUCAUCCUCCCUUUUGUCUACCUCUCUUCACUC